CAUAGUAACGGGUGGUAGCGGAAGUUGGAAGUGUUGUCUUCCUGUCUGUUCAUUUACAUCCUCGCUCGGCCCGAACUGGAAUCCACGCAGGAGAUAUUAACUUCCUAAAACUACGGUCCUUUUCAUCGGUGCUUCUCUGGAUCUCCACAGUGUGACCAACCUCAUCAGUACAACAAUGGAUCCCAGUCGAACUAGUGAGGGGUCAGGAAGAAGACCCAACACACCCGUGGGUGCAAAAGGACAGGUGACACCGACUUGUCCAAAAGCCACAGUUAAGAUGACACCCUUCCACAGCUCACUAAUAGCUGGUGGUAAUGGUCUGUUCUCUGGGAAACAGCCAACAACCUCUCGUGGAAUGUUUCUGUCUUUACCUGGACAUGUGACUGGCUCAACCAUCAAAGAAAGAGCAUCAACUGCUACGGCAUCUGCUGUAACUUCUGCUGCAACUGCCUCUGCUGGUGAAAUCUCCAGAGAACCAACUCCCAGUUUAGCAUUGUCACAUGAUGUAGCAGGCGAAAAAGCACAUCCAAGUUCCCUGGUUGUCAAGUCUGUGAGCAAAACCGUGCAGACUGUCAAUACAGAGCCUGAACACAGCUUCAAAAACAAAGACAAAGAGAAAAAAAUCUCAUCCUCCUCCAAACCUCAGUCAGCUGCAAAGAGGAAGAGGAGGAAGAUGGGACUGUAUAAUCUAGUCCCCAAAAAGAAGCCCAAGGUGCUUAAAUCGCAGGAAAAGAAAGAAGAUUUAGGAGCCAGUGUGGAGAAGACUGAAGCUGCAGCAGAAUUAAAAACAGCAACUGCUCCAGAUACCCCAGUGGUCAGUGAACAGAAAUUGCUCAAAAGUGAUUCCCAGGUGGAGGCACAACCAGGCGAUUGCAGCCAUGUUGAAUACACAGAAUUGGCGUUGGAAUGUCUGGAUCUGAAAGCACAGGAGAAGCUUCUUUUGCCUCCACUCUCUGCAGCAGAAUGUGAUGAAACAGAGUCGGAUCCGACUGAGGAGUUACCUCUGUGCUGCUGUCGCAUGGAGACUCCUCACUGUGGAGGCAGCCUGGCCCCCAAGGAACAGGCCUGCAUGGCCACUGAAAGUGUGGAUGGAAUGGUGAGUCGCUGUCAGAAGCGAGUGACAAAGCAGGAAAUGAUGCGGCCUUCCAACACUGUUCAUCUAAUGGUUCUGUGUGAGGACCAUCGGGCUGGAAUGGUCAAGCACCAGUGCUGCCCCGGCUGUGGACUCUUCUGCAGGAUGGGCACUUUCAUGGAGUGCCGGCCAUAUGGCAGCAUUUCCCAUCGCUUUCAUCGCAACUGUGCCUCCCUCUUGAAGGACUGCAGAUAUUGCCCACACUGUGGUGAGGAUUCCAGCGGGGCGAAGGAGGUCACAGUGCCUAAGGCCGAACAGUCUCCUUCUGUACCCAGGUCCAAACCCAGACUGUCACUUCCAGCGCAGCCCACUGUGGCCACGCUGCCCUCGGCAUCAACCACACCUGCAGUUCCACAAAUACUUCGGGCUAAAAAGACCUGCACGCCUCAGAGGAGCAGAGAUGAAAGUCCUAGCGGAUUAAGAGGUGAGGCUGCAUCUCCUGCAGACAGACCUAAAGAGUCCCUGGAGAGCAUCCUUACAGCACUGGAUGAUGAGAACCUGAAACCAAAGAAAAUGAAGUAUCCCACCAGACAGCUGUACAUCUCUGCUAAACAAGGAGAGCUGCAGAAGGUCAUUCAUCUUUUAGUGGAUGGGAAAGACCCAAACUAUUUGGAGUGCACAAGCAAACGUACACCACUUCAUGCAGCGGCUGCUGAGGGUCAUCAGGAGAUCUGCCACAUGCUGGUUCAGGCUGGAGCCAACCUGGACAUGUUUGACGACCAGCAGAAAACACCAUUGAUGGUGGCCUGUGAAAACAACCAUCUGGACACAGUGAAGUAUCUGCUGAGAGCAGGAGCAGCCGUCAGCCACAGGGAUAUCAUGGGUUUCACUUGCCUGCACCUGGCUGCUAAAGUGGGGCAUUUUGACAUAGUUCAUCAUCUUGUCUCCAAAGCAUCCAAACACAUCAACUGUCAGGAUGAUGGGGGAUGGACUCCCAUCACAUGGUCCAUCGAGUAUAAGCACAAGGAGGUAGUAUAUCUGCUGCUGGCUAAAGGAGCAGAUGUUAACAUCAGAGACAAGGAGGAGAACGUCUGCCUUCACUGGGCGGCUCUGUCGGGCUGUGAUGAUGUGGCCCAGGCUCUGCUGGAGGCCCAGUGUGACCUGAAUGCUGUCAAUGUUCAUGGUGACACUCCGCUUCAUGUUGCGGCCAGAGAGAACCAUCUUGAGUGUGUAAUGCUGCUUUUGUCCCGCGGAGCAAACGUCACGGAGAAAAAUAAAGAAGGAGACACAGCUCUAGAGUGUUGUGUCUACGGCUCUGGUGUGUGGACGGCCCUCAACACCAAUAAGAAAUUGACAGAAGCCAGGAGAGUCAGAGACUGUGGUGGAGAGAGAGUCCUCAGCAGGGACAUUUCCCGAGGAUACGAAGCUGUUCCUAUUACCUGUGUCAAUGGUGUUGACAGUGAGCCAUGUCCAGAAAACUUUAAAUACAUACCAGACAACUGUGUCACAUCCCCAGUCAACAUAAACAAGGACAUCACCCACCUACAGCACUGUAGCUGCAAAGACAACUGCUCAUCCAGCAACUGUGUGUGUGGUCAGCUCAGUCUUCAGUGUUGGUAUGAUAGUGAGGGUCGUCUACCUCUUGACUUCUGUCAGCGAGAGCCCCCAGUACUGUUUGAGUGCAACCACGUCUGCUCCUGCUGGAGGACCUGCAGGAACCGAGUGGUGCAGAAUGGAAUCAGGGUCCGGCUGCAGCUCUACAGGACGCAGACAAUGGGCUGGGGCGUGAGAGCCAUGCAGGAUAUCCCACAAGGAACGUUCAUUUGCGAGUACGUCGGAGAGGUCAUCAGUGAUGCAGAGGCUGACAAAAGAGAGAACGACUCUUUUCUCUUCACCUUGGAUGAUAAGGUGGGGGAUGUUCACUGUAUUGAUGGCAGGCUUUACGGCAACAUCGGCCGAUUCAUCAACCACCUGUGUGAGCCCAACAUUCUGGCUGUGAGGGUGUUCACCAUGCACCAGGACUUGCGCUUCCCCAGGAUAGCCUUCUUCUCCAGCAGACCCAUCAAAUCUGGAGACCAGUUAGGGUUUGACUAUGGUGAUCAUUACUGGAAGGUGAAGAGCAAGUACUUCAGCUGCCAGUGUGGUUCUCUGAAGUGUCGUCACUCAGCUGCUAGCAUACAAACUCCUGAGUAAUCCCCUGAGAAGAUUACAGACAGGUGUGAAUGCACCCAGAUGUGCUGUUAAAUGUGUGCGGCCUGUCCUUUGUCUUCAGGGGACUAUUUCGUCAGCUGACAUCCUCUGACUCUGUUCAUUUUUACGAUUCAACACUACCACUUCUCUGUGUCCAAACAUUAAAUCACUGUAAAGAUACUUUUUUUUUCAUGUGUGUGUGAAGUGACCUUUGUGUCACUUUAUAUCUUGCACUAUCCAUGCAGACACCACCUACAGCCAUGUAUCAACAGUUGUACCUGAUGAAUCAGGGCAGAUUUGACUUAAUGAAAAAAUAAAAAGCCUUCUAAGCCAGCUGACACAUCAUAGGAACUAUUUGCUUUGCUAAGUGAGUUUGAGCUUGUUGAGAACGUUGUUUCUGAAGGUUUCUGUUCAAUAAUACUGUGUAUGUACAUAUACUGUAACCACUAAGCUAACCCUGUCCUUUAUUAUUGAUUUUAGUUUCUCAAUUGUCCUUUGUCAGAACAUGUUGUACUGAUAUUUUAGAAAAAAUGCUAUUUUUGUCUAAAUGUUUUUACAGUUCUAAUAAAUAGUUUUUUUAAGUCAUUUGGUCACAUUUU